UAUUAUAAAUAGUAGUCUCAUUUGUUAUGUUUUAUUAAAAAUAAAUGCAAUUCCAACACGUCUUUGAUUUAUGCAUAAGCAAUAUAAAAAAUAUUACAAUUUGAGUUUGAAACCGUUUUCUUACCAAUUGUUAGUUCUUGAGUUUUGCCUUUUCUGGCCUCUAAUUAAGUUUAAAUUUUCGAGGCUAAUUUGACAAUCAAUCAUAUUUUAAAAUUCAAAAAUUUCCCAGUGAUCGCCAUCACCUAUAAUUCUUCGUAAAAUUAAAAUCACUAGUAAAAAACAAUGCUCUUAUUACUUGACCUUUAUAUCUUUUUUAGUUAUCAAACUAUUGAACCUGCAGUCUGAUAACUCUUUUAUUCGCAGAAUAUUGAGGUGAAGUGAGGAUGCCCAAAAAGGGGGGCAAGAAGGGUGGGAAGAAAGGUAAGAAGAAGGGCAAAAAGGGGGACGAGAUCGAAAUUGGUCAGCCACCCGAAGAGGCUGUCAAGAAACUGAUGAAGGUGUAUGACAGACUGAGUAAAGAGGAGAACAGAAGAGUGUGUAGUGACCUGAAGAGAGCCAUGCAACACCACAUAGACGCCGAACAGAUACUCACCAGGUUGAUUGUACACCCGGUGUCAGUGAAGAUGCCCAAGAAGCCGGCACUGAGAGACAGUUUCGUGGUUCCCCUGGAAGUCAAUCUGGAACUCCUUCUGAGAGCCUUGAAUGAGUCCAACUACAUCUACUUCAGAGACCUCAUCUGCUGGGACAUCAAACUCGACUUCACUGAAUUCGCCAAAUUGUGUAUGAUGCUGGAGCGACAAAAGAAGUACCGCUACCUGCGCCAGAUUGAACUGUGGAACUGUUCCCUCUCCCCCAAAAGUGCAUUGAGGUUCGCAGAGAGCCUCCCCCACACACAGUUAACACAUCUCACACUAGACGACAACGAGAUAGAAGAUGACGGAGUGAUUGCUUUGUGCCGUUCUUUAGUGGGCAACAAACUGAUGAAGAAGUUGAGUCUCAACUAUUGUGGGCUGACCCACCUCUGUGCAGAACCACUCGGAAAAAUCAUUUCCACCACCAACAUCAUCGAACUUUAUCUUGAUGGAAAUGACGUUGGCUGUGAGGGCUUCGUGUCUCUUGUUGAACCACUGUGCGUUCAAGCAGACGAAGACGCAUUCUAUCGGCAGGCGGAGAAAGAGAGAAAACUAGCCGAACUGAUGGCUGAAAAGGAAGCAAAAGUCAACGAAGAACGUUUGCAGGCCGAGCAAUUGACGGGCGAAGAGCCGAAAGAAGAAUCAAAAUCGGGCAAAAAGGGAACCAAAGGCAAGAAGAAAGGCAAAGGAAAGGGUAAGAAGAAAAGCAAGGCUGCUCUCAUUCCAGAGACGCCUGGUCCCUUUCUGUCGAAGCUGCACUUGGCCGACAAUGGAAUAGAUUCCACUUCUGUCACUGACGAGGUGGAUUUAUUCUCAGUUGCCGCCAGUCUGGCCAGGUUAAUCAGAGGAACUGAAGCGCUGAGUGAACUUGACCUGAACUUCAACGAGAUCGGAAACUCAGCUGCCAAAAUACUCCAAGAAGCAUUCGAGUUCCGCAAAGAAGAAAAAAUGACCAAGUUGAAGUUCGACAUGACUUGUCGGGUGGAUAAGGAUAUCUUUGAGGCGAUCUACAAGAUAUCGGGAGGGGGACCCACCAAGAAGGGCAAAAAGGGGUCGGGCAAGGGCAAGAAAAAGGGGAAGAAGAAAAAAUGAUGACUUGCAAUCAUAAUGGGCAUACCACCUCUGUGAACAUUUAGUGCUAUAUAAUACCUUCUCAGUUCUAUUCAAAAUAUUGCGUAAUGCAAAAGAAAACUAACAGUUUAGAAUUCUUGAUCACGGUAUUUUAUACAGACAGUCGAUAUGUCGAGAUUGUGUUAGCGUUAAGUCUCCUUUUCCAAUAAAACGUUAAUAG